AUGAAAUGUCACUACGCAAUGUCUUCUAAAUUGGAGAACAAGCACAAGUCAAAGACAUUCGAAGCACUUCAACAAAGUACGUUAAUAGGUCUAAUGAAUACCAUUGGCUUUUCUUUUCAACUACGUCGUCCUGAAAGGAAAGCAAAUAAGACUCUUCAAUUUUUUUAUGUGAUGGAAACCUUUUAUUAUUGCAACAGAUUGUCCUUUGAAACGAAGAUCAGUACUUAUUGUGAUUCUAGACUUGAAGACGACUUGUUAAAAUUGUCUAAGACAAAUGAAUCUUAUAAUUUAAAAACCAUAAAAAGAAGAAGGGAGUUAAGUCGUGCUUCAAUGUCUUUCAACCUUCUUGUUGAAACACUUGAAAACAUUGGAUUUGAAUUUAUCACAAAAGAAGGGAAGAAAUCUCUUAAGACUGUGAAGAUGAUAAAAAUAGAAAAGAUAUUAUAUAACAAUGAGAUCAUAUUUGAUAAGCAACAAAUAAAAGAUAUUGGUGAAAAAGUGAAUAAAAUAGUCGCUGAUUUUUUAGAGUCUAAUAAGGAAGAUAGACUGCCUAUUUUCAAUGCUUUUGACCAUCAAGUCCUAUCUAAUUUCUCGUUAAAUAAUCUUUUUCAAACAUUUAAAGCGGACACUGAAUAUGAAGAAGAGAACCAAACAGGAUUUUUGUAA